AUGAAACACGGCUACCCUCCCGGUUAUAAAUACAAAAGCCACAAGUCUUCCGUCAACAAUGCUAUAGCUUCUCCUUCACUCAAAGCUCCACUUGAUUCUGCUUCUGAUCCUUCGCCUUCUCUUGCUAUCAUUCAGAGUCAAUACAACCAGAUACUACAAAUGCUUCAACACCAGCACUCCUCUGCUUCCGCUCCUACUACCUCCGAUGCCACUCCUCUACCCAACAUCAACUAUGUUUAUCCUCUUCUCGAUGGUAAGCCACAUGUAUAUUGGGUACAGGUUUUACUCAUCACAUCACUCCGAAUUUACGCAAUUUUCACUUUCAUUGUUAUGUUCCCCAUGAAACUCCCUGAUGGCACCACUGUUAAAUCUGACAUUGUUGGAACAGUUCAUCCAUCUAAUUCCUUAACUCUAUCUAAUGUUGAAAAGGUUCUUCUUCCUCUUGAUCUUGUUCUUCCAGCUAAAGCUCCGGCGUUAGCCCCGACGCCUGGUAAAGGGUUUCCUAAGGCUGGAAAAACUAAUUCUUCUGCUGUAGAUCAUGGUAGUAGUGCUAGUAGCGAUGAUAGCGAUGGGAAGGUUUUGCCGGAGGAAGCUUCUAAGGCAGGGGCUAUGGUUAUGUGGGUGAAUCUUGUUGUUUUUGGAAUGGCUUUGGUUGGUGGAGUUGUUCUUUAA